GUUAUGGGCCAAGAAGAGACUUGCUAUUUGACGGUAACAAAAGCAAAUAUGAGUUGUGGGAAGUAAAGUUCCUGGGCUAUAUGCGGCUACAAAAGCUAUAUAAAGUAUUUGUGCGAGACGCAAGCGAGGAAGACCCAUCAGACGCUUCGACGCAAGCUGAUGCUUUUUCCCGAACUCGUGCAAUGUCUGGACGAUAG